GCGGGGGGCUGCCAGCUGCGCUCUAGCCGGCUCCCGGGCGCGCCAUGGACUUCAACAUGAAGAAGCUGGCGUCGGACGCGGGCAUCUUCUUCACCCGAGCGGUGCAGUUCACGGAGGAGAAAUUUGGCCAGGCUGAGAAGACCGAGCUCGACGCCCAUUUUGAAAACCUCCUGGCACGGGCGGAUAGCACCAAGAACUGGACAGAGAAGAUCCUGAGGCAGACGGAGGUGCUGCUGCAGCCCAACCCCAGUGCCCGAGUGGAAGAGUUCCUGUAUGAGAAGCUGGACCGGAAGGUCCCCUCGAGGGUCACUAACGGGGAGCUGCUGGCUCAAUACAUGGCAGAAGCGGCCAGCGAGCUGGGGCCUGCCACUCCCUAUGGGAAAACACUAAUCAAGGUGUCAGAAGCUGAAAAGCUCCUGGGAGCUGCAGAGCGAGAUUUUAUUCACACUGCAUCCAUCAGCUUCCUCACGCCCCUACGCAACUUCCUAGAAGGGGACUGGAAGACGAUUGCGAAGGAGAGGCGGCUCCUCCAGAACCGGCGUCUGGACUUGGACGCCUGCAAAGCACGACUGAAGAAGGCCAAGGCUGCUGAGGCCAAGGCCACGACGGUGCCUGACUUUCAGGAGACUAGACCUCGUAAUUACAUUCUCUCCGCCAGCGCCUCCGCGCUUUGGAAUGAUGAGGUGGACAAGGCUGAGCAGGAGCUCCGAGUGGCCCAGACAGAGUUUGAUCGGCAGGCAGAAGUGACACGUCUCCUGCUGGAGGGUAUCAGCAGCACUCAUGUGAACCACCUUCGCUGCCUCCAUGAGUUCGUCAAAUCUCAGACAAUUUACUAUGCACAGGGCUACCGUCACAUGCUGGACUUGCAGAAGCAGCUGGGCAGUUUCCAGAGAAAGCCUGGGUGGGGAGGAUGGCAAGGACAAGGGGACGGAAUCACCUCAUCUUCCUUGCUUUGCUUUUCCCUUUGUGCUGCCAGCUCCCAGGGUGCCAUAUUUCCUGGCACCUUUGUGGGCACAACAGAGCCUGCCUCCCCACCCCUCAGCAGCACCUCGCCCACCACUGCCGCAGCCACCAUGCCUGUGGUACCCACAGUGGCUGGCUUGUCUCCUCCUGGAGAAGCUGCACUCUGCCUGGAGGAAGUGGCACCCCCUGCCAGUGGGACCCGCAAGGCCCGGGUGCUCUAUGACUAUGAGGCAGCCGACAGCAGUGAGCUGGCCCUGCUGGCUGACGAGCUCAUCACCGUCUACAGCCUGCCUGGCAUGGACCCUGACUGGCUUAUUGGCGAGAGAGGCAACAAGAAGGGCAAGGUCCCUGUUACCUACUUGGAACUGCUCAGCUAAGCAGGCCCCUCCCAGGCUCUGCCCUGCCACUUGUCUGUUGGUGACAGCUACUCAGGGUGGGGAGACUAACCCCAUUCUGCCCAUGCCCCCUCAUCCAGCUGUGAGACGGGCUGAACGGCCCGCCCCUCUCAGCCCUGCUUCUGACCUGUGGUUCUGGAGCCCUGGCCCUGCCUGCACACGCUGCACAUCCCAAUCCUUCCAGCUCCCCUAAGGAGGGCCACUGGGCUCGGCAUUGCAGUAGGCCCAGGACCUGCUGGGAGCACCCCUGCAUUGAAGAAAGCACGUGCCUUUUAGUUGCCAAAGGCCAGGAGGGGACAGUAGCAAGGAGGCAGGCAGAUCUCUGGCAGCCCGGGGCCUCAGUACUGCCCUGGGAGGGGAGAGGUCAGCAGGAGAUAAACCAGCCCAGAGCAGCACUGUCUGGUGCUACCCUCUCCCCUUCUCCCUCACAGCUCAAGCUAAGGCCGUGGCUCUAGCCUUCCCCUCCCACACUUUUUAACUGGUAUUUUUACUUCUGCCUGUCUGCUUGCUCUCUAGCCAAAGGUGAAUAAACCCUACUUUGUG